AUAAAGGCCAUUCCAGAGCUCCGUCUGCCAUUCCAGAGCUGCAAGACUGCAAAAGAAAUCGCUACCUUUCUGCCUCACUUCUUCUACCUCAGUUGAUUAAUGGGGAUGGGGUUCCCGGCGGCGGUGCACGCGGAGGUGCCAAGGCUGCUGCUCAACCUCCUCUUCCUGCUCGACCACCUCCACCACCUCUCCUCCUGGCUACUCCGCCUUGUUGGCGUCGGCAUACACGACGACCUGAGCCUCAGCUUCGACUACCCCACCGCCUCCGACUUCGCCGACCACCACCACCAGCACCACCAUGGCCUUGAGCUGGAGCUGGAGAAGCAUUCCCCGGCCGUGCGCUUCGACGCGCUCUCCACUACUGGAGACGACACGCUGCUGCUGCCGGAGGGCUGCGCGGUGUGCCUCGGCGAUUUCCACGGCGCCACGCGCGUGCGCCGGCCGCGCGGGUGCCGGCAUGUCUUCCACCGCGCCUGCCUCGACCGCUGGGCCGCCUACGGCCACCGCACCUGUCCGCUCUGCCGGGCGCCUCUUCUCCCGCCCUUCCUCCUGCCGCUGCCGCUUCCGGCGUCGUGACUCCCCCGCCGGGUGUUGUUUGCACAAGCCGGCGACUGCAGCAGGCGUAUCCUGACGAGGGUGUUCUGAAUUUGUCGCCUGCGGUUGGGUUUCUAUGGAAACCAACCCAACCACAGCACGGGCCAAGGAGGCCAUGGCGGUGAGAUGUUGAAAUAUUUUCCGAUCGGCCCCUCUUUUCGAGAGAUUCUCACAAUAAAGACCCCAGGGAUGGGGAUUAGUUCCUUGUUCAAGUUUCAGUUAAUUUGGAUUUCACUCAAGUAAGAAAUCCAUACACCAAGAAGAAGAAGUGGACAUAUAUACAUCAGGAAAUAUAUUAUAUGAAGUAGAUAGAGGGGAUGAAUUUGAAUAUAUGCAGAGAUACUUGAGAAUA